AUGCCUGCGCUAUGCUCUCUUCAUGUAGCUGCUGAACAACCGGAGCGCUCUGGGCUUAUACCCCUCAAUCUCUCCCGGGCACUGUUCCCUCAGCUGCGGAGGCUUGACGUCAGCUACAUGAACGUGUUCGGCGACCUGGAGAUAUUCUCGCAGCUGAUGAAAAUCAAGAUCAAGGGUUGCGAAGGUGUGAACCCUGAACUAGAGGCUACAACAAUCGUGGAAGCGGUGCGCAGGAUGCAGCUCGUCGAGGAGCUCGAGCUGGACCAGGUCAACGUACCCGACAUUCCAGCGGACACUCCAGGUAGGUCGGAGACAGAUACAAUCGAACUACGCCACCUUCGGAACGUCGUCCUCAGCAUCGACGGACCUCUCCGAAUCAAGACGAUCCUCAGCGCAGUCACCAUUCCCGCCACAACCACCAUCUCUUGCACCUCCCUCUUUCUUAGCGAGUACGACGAGGCCAGCUCGCCGGACCUACAGGCGGUCGUGCCCGAGAAUCAAAAAGGGCUGCCCGUCCUCUCCCAGAUCGUCGCAGCAACCAUCGCUACGGACGAGGAGUCGCACCAUCUGGGGGGAUAUGCGACGCUCAAAGACUCCCUAUUGCCAUGCGGGGCCGGGGCGCGCGUCGAGUUCUACAUCGACAUACGCAGUAUGGCCGUAUUGAACAUAGACGUCGUCCCCGUCGGUCUCAACGAUCUCGUGUAUGUGUUCGGCGACGCGCCGCUCGAGCAUCUCAAAGUCCAAACCACCGCCGCGAUCUUCGAGCGCACGGACUUGCCGAAGAUCCUCGCGGCCUUCCCUGCGCUCCGCUCAAUACAGCUCGAGGUGCUGCAUUCUGACGAAAGCGACGACGAGGACUACUCAACUCGCGCAUGCACUCAAUCAUUCCUCCGUGCGCUGAAACCCGCCAACGCGGGCGCUGCCCACGACGUCGACGGUGGCGAGACACCCGGAAGCAGCAUGCGCGGGGACGCGGUUCCCUGUCCGGACCUCCGCCAUCUGGAAAUUUCCGGCGAACAGCUCAAUGAUGGUACGGCGCUGCUUAAUCUGUUGUUAUGUUUGAGCCGCCGGCAGCGAGCUCUCGGACCAGACGCGCACCGGGAGGGGCGGCUUCAGCGGCUCGUGUUGCGUGUGGACGACCUUCACGACGAGGCGCACUUCCUCGCGAGCCGAGCCACAUUUUUGAAGGCGUUAUCUCCGCUGGUGGAUGAGGUGAUAUACGAGGAGGACGACUCUGACUCGGGGGGCUCUGACUCGGAGGACUCUGACUCGGAGGACUUUCACUCGGUGGACUCUGACUAG